AUGGCUCCUGGUCUUUUUGUUCAAGCAGUACGAGUAACAAAACCAAAGAUACCCGAAGCAAUUCGCCACAAUUAUGAACAGAUGGAAGCUGAAAAGACCAAGCUUCUUGUGGCCGUGCAACAUCAGAAAGUCGUCGAAAAGGAGGCAGAAACGGACAGGAAAAAGGCAGUAAUUGAGGCUGAGAAGAAGGCUCAAGUAGCUGCAAUAAUGCAUAAGCAGACGAUCGCUGAGAAAGAGACGCAAAAGAAGAUCAGUCAGUUGGAGGAUGAAAGUCAUCCUUGGUUUCAUCCCAGAAGGCGAAAGCCGACGCAGAGUUCUAUAGAGUACAAAGAGAAGCUGAAGCAAACCGUUUGUUGCUCACUCCGGAAUAUUACGGAGCUGAGACGAAUCGAAGCAAUCGCGAAAAAAACAAAAUUUUCUACGGACAGGAUAUUCCGAGCGUAUUCUUCCACUCAGAUGACGUGGCGUCGAUGGCGCAGUCAGCCACGG